CAAUCCCCCAACUCCCCGUCCGCGUACCUAGUAAUGAGUUCGUAUUUUCCAAGCCUCAAUUCGUAUCAGACGACACAGUCUGAGUACCCGUCUUCCCAAGUAGGACUGUACAGCGCGAAUUAUGAUCCCAUACGCCAACUACAGAGCUACUCGGUCCCCGAGAACCGUGGCUAUGCCGGUUACAGCGAUAAAUACAACUACAGCGAACAGCGUUCUACUGCGGGUAGUGCAGCGAGCAACUACGCCGCUGUUGGGUACGUAACAGAGACCAACAAUAACAACUACCAUAAUCGUCAGUUAGCGCAUAACGCAAACUUACCCCAUUACGAUUUAAGCUGUAACUCAACGAGAAAUAAAGAUGUCGUCGUUGAUGCGAUGGAGGCGAAGAAAGACAAAGAUUCCGACAGUGACAGCGGGAAAACACCGACGAUUAUAUACCCGUGGAUGCGAAGCAACAACUAUUGCGGUAAGGGUCGGGGGCUGACGGAAAGGCAGAUUAAAAUAUGGUUUCAGAAUCGACGAAUGAAGUGGAAAAAAGAACAGAAAACUGGCGGCGCGCCGUCACCGAAACAGUUCGCAUCGAGUCAGACACAGAACGCGAUGCAGGUGAAUGGCGACUCCAACGACGGCAGUAACGGGGAGAUAUCGUGAUAGCACGGCGUAGAUCCUAGAAAGGAAAAGGAAGCAGACUAUCUCCAAAUUAAAGAAGGCUCCUUUCGUCGAGUAUUUAUAUUUUGCAACAUAGAGAAGAAACAGAAAAUUUGCGACGUCUAAGCUCAAUAUGUUGCGUUGUUAGAGGUAUGCUGGACGCGCCAUUUCCAUUGCAUCCUCCAGCCAAGACUUCCAUGGCGUUUUUCGGAAUGUCGUCUUCCUCAAGUUUGUUUUUUUUUACCCCGAAAACUCUUGGCUGCUCUCAACAGUCUGUUAGAAAACCUUUAAACUUUUUGCACCAUGAACUGCUUAUCAAAUGUAAAGAACGAUUGUGUGCUAUUCAGGUACGAUCAGACUGUUCAAAUCCCUUAGACGUGUGUUAUCCAGUAACUUAAUAACCGCGCGGAACAGUUUAAUCUGUGUUUUUCGCUGAAAUCCAAACCAUAUCGGUAUUAAAUGUAUAUUUUUGACAGUUUUCGCUGUUUCAGCAGCAACUCCGAUAUAUAUAACAUACUGUGUUCUUUUUUUCUAUCACGUGGUGUGAACACCGGAUGAAUGUAUAUUUUGCAAUUAAUUGUUUAUAUUCUAUUUUUGCUUUGUUUUCACAAUUUAUUUUAUUGAAAGUAAAAAAAAAGAGAGAGAACAAAUGACGUUGAUUUCAGUAAAAUCGAAUCGACCUGUUUUGAACAAUUUCGGGGGGAUUAUAUAUGUAUAAAUUUAUGUCGACGUUAAAGCUGUAGAUGACGUCACAACCAACUCUGUGUUCUAUGAUGUAAACUUCUUGUCCCAAAAUUUAGAAACGCGCUUGUAAAGCUCUUAGUAUCGUGAGAUUUGUAUUGUAUAUGCUGUGUAGGCAGAUGACAUCGCUUCAGAAGUUCGUAGAGCACAUUUUAAAAACGCAGAGGGCAAGGAGUUGGUUAAGUUCAGUUUGAUCUGUAACGUCUCUCGUUCUUUCUCGCGAGAGACACAUGCAUGAUAGUGUUGACUGCACGUACCUUUUCGUAUAUCUAAAAAAAAUAGACUACUUUACUUGGCGUUGCCAUGCAAACUGAAAAUAAAGUACAAGCUGUGAAUUCUUCAAUUUGACCUUGAAAAUCAAGAUCAGGGUCGUUUUUCAGACGAUAUCUGUUUAACAUUUUCGUAAUGUCUAAUUCACCCGACCUGACCUCGUUGUUCUGUGGACGUGUUAGGCUUCGUUUUAAACUCCAUGGCUGAAUCAUUCGGAGUAGUCGGAUACGCCCGAGUUCUGUCUAAUUCUCUCGGAGUUCGUCAGUUUUUCUUUGUUGUGACAUUGUAAAUUAUUACACGUAUUGUUUCCUGGUGUAAAAUUGACCGUUAUUACAUGUAUUAUUGUGUAAUAAAAUUAAUUGUGUACGCAUA